AGAAUUAAUAAGAAUAAUAAGAAUUAAUAAGAAUUAAUAAGAAUUAAUAAGAAUUAAUAAGAAUUAAUAAGAAUUAAUAAGAAUUAAUAAGAAUUAAUAAGGAAUUAAUAAGAAAUAAUAAAUGUUACAUCCUUUGAAUGAAUGAAUGCAAACUCUCUUUAAAGGUUAACUGGUAUACGUUUCUUUAGACUAUUCUGCCGAUCAAAGCUUUACAAAAUCUUUUUAGUAAUUGCGGCAGUCUUUGUUGUCUACCUGUUGUAAUUGUAUUUCGAAAGAAUAGUUUAUUAAUAAAACACAUCUUUGGCAUCAUCCUAAAUAAAUAAAAAUCUUGAGAGUUGAUUGUCCACUCAUAAUGACGUUGUGAAAGAGACUAAUAAAACCUACAUUGUACACAAGGCAACCGAUAUAACGAAAAAGAGCUGUUGUCCAUGGACUUUAUGAUAUGGUUUUUAAAAAUUCACCUAAUAUUAUUUUUUUGUUUCAGUAUUCAAGAAAAUAGAAAAGCCAUUAAAGAAGAGAAAAAGCAAGAUGCAAAAUUCCAAGAGAUUAUUGUCAGCUGCAAAUCUCUCAGUGGUUACGAUGCCAAAACUUACAGGACAUUACUUCCUCAGGUAAUGGCUUCUUUAUUUGCCGCAUCAUUACACAUAGCAGUAGGAUUAUCCCUUUCUUUCUCCGGAAUUUUAGUACCAGGACUGGAUAGAGCUCUUCAAAAUGGAACAGACGAAAAUGGAGAACUAUACGCCACAAAAGACCAAUCGGCAUUUAUAGCUAGUGUAGCUGUAAUGGUCGUCCCUAUAGGAGCUAUUAGCGCUGGAUUUGCUAUGGAUUCUUGGGGCAGAUUAUGGGCAGUUAGAUUUGCCAUUAUACCAACAGUUAUAGGAUGGUGUUGCAUUGCCAGUGCUCCAAAUAUUACAAUGCUGAUAGUCGGAAGGAUUUUUACUGGAUUUGGAACAGCGUGGGGCAGUAUACCAGCAACAGUCUACAUCACAGAAAUUGCUAGAGCAGAUAUGAGAGGAUCUCUGGUUGUAACCGCACCAUCUCUUGCUUCACUUGGUAUGCUUAUAGUUUUCCUACAAGGUUGGUUUUUGCAUUGGAGGACUGUGGCUUGGCUCUCUAACAUUUAUGCGAUUUUCCCAAUAUUUUUACUUUUCUUAAUUCCUGAAAGUCCGGCCUGGUUGGUAUCAAGAGGUAAAAUAGAAGAGGCUGUUAAGAGUUUAAAGUGGUUGAACAAGUACCAACCCCAACCAGAAAAUAGACAUGAAUCUUACGCAGAAUUACAGCUUAAUUUCUUGCAAAAGGAACACCAGAAGAAAUUAGAAGAACAAGCACGAGUCGGGGAUACCGGAAGUUUGGCUAAAUUUAAAGAGUUCUUGAAACCAACGGGAUACAAGCCUCUGCUAAUUUUGUCUGGACUCUUUUUCUUCCAACAAUUCGCUGGAAUUUAUAUAACACUUUUCUACUCAGUUACUUUCUUCCAGGAAGUGGGAAGUACAAUAAAUCCAUACCUAGCUUCAACUUUCCUCUGUUUGAUAAGAAUGUUAAUGGCUUGCUCAAACACUUACUUCUUGAAAACGUUCAACAGACGAAGUUUACUAAUUACCAGUGGGUUUGGAAUGGCUAUUUGUACAGGAAUGUCUGGACUGUUUACACAUUUAAACAAAAAUGUUACGUCCAUGAUUGGUUUUCUGCCAAUCCCGUGGACAAUGACAGCUGAACUGUUUAGUCUUGAAAUCAGAGGAGUCGCCAACAGCAUUGCUUACAGCAUAGGUAAUCUACUGAUGUUUGCUUCAAUCCAAAGCUUUUGGGGAUUAAUUGACAUAUUCAAUGGUUUUGCUGGAGUCCAGUGGUUCUUUGCAGUAAUCUCCAUCAUGGCAUCCGUUUAUACCUACAUCUUUGUACCGGAAACGCAUAGAAAGAAGCUAUCAGAAAUAACUGAUUACUUUAAAGAAAAUGGUAUUUAUUUAUUGUCCAAAGAAAAAGCGCCAAAGAAACAAGUCAACACAGACAAGCCAGCUACUAGAGUUGGUAAAAAAGAUAUCGUUAUAGCAAGUAACGGUCAGAACGAAAAGCUUAUACAAAACGUUUAG